AUGGAGACUAAAAUCGAUGGACGUUCUGAUGAAAUUGAACUUAGCGCUCAAGGGACAAGCAAACUAGGCGAUGUAGCAACAAAAUCAGAUCUCCCCGAAAGAGGUUCCUGGGCUAGUAAAUUGGAUUUCAUCCUAUCUGUAGUCGGUUUAGCUAUCGGACUUGGUAAUGUGUGGCGGUUUCCCUACCUCUGCUACAAAAAUGGUGGAGGGGCUUUCCUUAUUCCUUAUUUCCUUACGUUAUUCCUUGCCGGUAUACCAAUGUUCUUCAUGGAGCUUGCUAUGGGACAAAUGCUUACUAUUGGCGGAUUGGGCGUGUUCAAUAUAGCACCGAUAUUUAAAGGUAUUGGUUAUGCAGCUGCUGUGAUGUCCUGCUGGAUGAACGUUUACUACAUUGUGAUCCUCGCCUGGGCAAUCUUCUACUUCUUUAUGUCGAUGAGAUCAGACUUACCAUGGCGCAGUUGCGAUAACUACUGGAAUACCAAUUCGUGCGUUAAUCCCUAUGACAGAAAGAAUUUAACGUGCUGGUCCAUGACAGAUAUGACAACUUACUGCUCACUUAAUGGCAAGAACAUUAGCAAGGCUUUAUUGUCUGACCCGGUUAAGGAAUUCUGGGAACGCCGUGCUCUCCAAAUUUCAAGUGGUAUUGAAAACAUCGGUAACAUUCGCUGGGAACUGGCGGGUACCUUGCUCCUUGUGUGGGUUUUGUGCUAUUUCUGUAUAUGGAAGGGUGUCAGGUGGACUGGGAAGGUUGUCUACUUCACUGCAUUGUUCCCCUACUUCUUACUGACCGUGCUGCUUAUUAGAGGAAUAACGCUGCCUGGUGCACUCCAAGGCAUUAAAUUUUAUGUGAUGCCGAACAUGUCUAAGCUUUUGGAAUCGGAAGUGUGGAUUGAUGCUGUUACUCAGAUUUUCUUCUCCUACGGUCUGGGUCUGGGUACACUUGUGGCACUUGGCAGUUAUAACAAGUUUACUAACAAUGUAUACAAGGACGCGUUGAUAGUAUGUACGGUGAACUCAAGUACUUCCAUGUUUGCUGGCUUUGUGAUUUUUUCAGUUGUUGGGUUUAUGGCGCAUGAACAACAAAGGCCAGUUGCUGAAGUCGCUGCCUCAGGUCCUGGUUUAGCCUUUUUAGCAUAUCCAUCAGCAGUACUUCAACUACCAGGCGCUUCGCUAUGGUCAUGCCUCUUCUUCUUCAUGUUACUUCUCAUCGGUCUCGACAGCCAGUUUUGUACAAUGGAAGGCUUCAUCACUGCGGUUAUUGAUGAAUGGCCCAAGCUUCUCAGGCGAAGGAAGGAAAUAUUUAUUGCCAUCACCUGCGUUAUUUCCUAUUUGGUGGGACUUUCGUGUAUAUCUGAGGGCGGUAUGUACAUCUUCCAAAUUCUCGACUCCUAUGCAGUCUCCGGCUUCUGCUUAUUAUUCCUUAUCUUCUUCGAAUGCGUCUCCAUAUCAUGGGCAUUUGGUGUGAACCGAUUCUACGACGGUAUCAAAGAGAUGAUUGGUUACUAUCCUACUAUUUGGUGGAAGUUCUGCUGGGUUGGAUUUACGCCUGCAAUUUGUAUUAGCGUUUUUAUCUUUAACUUGGUGCAAUGGAAGCCAAUCAAGUACAUGAAUUAUUCAUACCCUUGGUGGGCACAUGCGUUCGGUUGGUUCACCGCACUUUCUUCGAUGUUGUGCAUCCCUGGAUACAUGGUCUACUUGUGGCGUGUUACUCCUGGUACAUGGCGAGAGAAGUUCAACAAAAUCGUCCGCAUUCCUGAAGAUGUACCGUCACUAAGGACGAAGAUGCAGGCAGAGGAACAAGCCAAACACGCUCAGCCUUAA